GAUCCGUUUAUGUUUUCCCGACACAACCGCCGACGCCGACGCAACACAAUCCAAUAAUAUAAGAGGAUGAGACCAUUUGGUUAAUAGAUAAUGUCAGGAGAUAUGUGUUGCUUUCGGACAUUAGUUAAUGCGCUUUCCGUAUGAAACGGUCACGAGUGGUGCGAUAUCCUCGUCAUGGAAAAAGUAUUUCGACUAAAUAAUAAGAGAAUGGUGUACCCUGAACGUUUAACUCUAGACCAAGUCUCCCGAAAAGAAUCAGCAAAUUCGAAUGCAUCCUGGAUCAGCGACCAGAGUGAUGUCAACGGAAACAAUGAAGAAAAUAAACCGAUUGAGGAACAUGCAUCUGCAUCCUCUGCCACUUCAGCAGGAUCCAUGGGAAAUAGUCGUCAAUUCAUCCAAGACAGAAUCCGUCAUCUUGUCGAUGCAUUCACGUACCGCACACAAGCGACCCGUGAGCGUAUGCAAAUGCCACAAACGCCCUCCUCGAUCAGCAGCCACGAUGCAGUAGACCCUCCACCGCUUAAAGCCAAGUUCCUCACUGACAAUAUCAUUUAUCCGAUGAAAAUUGACGAAAUUGGCAAACCCACGCGCAAUCCCUGGGUCUACAUGCGGCAGUUAUGGGCCAGCAAGGUGAUAGACCCACAAGGGACCAUCUAUGUGAUUUGGAUCUCAAUUGCCGCGCUGGCAGUGGUAUACAACAUGUGGGUCAUCCCACUACGCAGCACUUUUCCAUAUCAAAACCGCCAUAAUCGGAUCGCAUGGAUGUUUUUCGACUAUCUAGCGGAUCUGAUUUACCUCGUAGAUAUGCUGGUGAUUCAGCCGAGAAUUAUGUUCCUCAGCGAAGGGUUUUGGAUGAAGGACAUUAACUUCACCAAGCAGAAUUACAUGCGACAGCGAAAUUUUAAACUGGAUAUAUUGGCCUUACUUCCGCUGGAUUUGUUGUAUUUUGUAUUUGGACCGGAAGCAAUCUUGUUGCGCUUUCCUCGAUUCUUCAAAAUGCACACUUUCUGGGCCUUCUUUGAUUUGGUCGAUAAAUUGAUUGCCUCCCCGCAUAUUAUUCGCAUUGCUCGUACCCUGUUGUAUAUGAUGUAUUUGAUACACUUGAAUGCCUGCGCAUACUAUGCGUUUUCUGCCUGGGAAGGCAUCGGGACAAAUAAUUUUGUUUUCAAUGGCGUGGGGAACGCGUACAUCAAAUGUUUCUACUUUGCAACAAAAACGGCAACUUCCAUCGGAAAAAAUCCGAAACCAACGCAGGAAAUUGAAUUUAUAUUCAUGACAUUCUCGUGGUUGAUGGGCGUGUUUGUGUUUGCUUUGCUAAUCGGCCAAAUUCGGGACAUUAUUGCAACAGCGACUCGGUCGCAGACAGAAUAUCGAAAGCUAGUGGAUGAAACUUUGGAAUACAUGCGGCGGUUGAAUCUACCGCAAGAGAUGCAAAAGCGUGUCCAGUCUUGGUUUAAUUACACAUGGGAAACACAACAUACCUUAGACGAAAAUAACAUAAUGGAUUGUCUCCCGCACAAAAUGAAAACCGAUAUAGCAAUCAAUGUAUACAUUGAGAUCCUCUCAAAAGUGAAGCUCUUUUCUGAUUGUGACGAAGCCUUGUUACGUGAGCUCGUUCUGCAACUGCGCAGUGUAAUCUAUCUACCUUGCGACACUAUCUGCAAGCGUGGAGAUGUUGGUAAAGAGAUGUACAUCAUUCAGUCUGGGCAGGUACAAGUGAUGAGUAAAGAAGGUGAUGAAGUUUUAGCAACGCUCACCGAGGGUUCAGUAUUUGGCGAGAUUAGUUUGCUGGGAAUUGAAGGAAUGACUCGCCGCACCGCCGAUGUCCGCUCGCACGGGUUUUCGAACUUAUUCGUCCUGAGCAAAUCAGAUCUCAAUGCAGCAUUGUCGCAUUAUCCUGAAGCUCAAGAACUGCUAAAUCGCAAAGCUAAAGCGCUCAUGAAGAAGAACGAAGCGCUCGAACGCAAGAAAGAAGCGUUGAUUGUCAUCAACAAUCCGCAACCGCAACAGCCACACGCGAAAUUGUUGAAUACAGUUAUGCAAGUCAUGCCGGAGGAUUCUUCCACGCAUCGAUUACUGCGAUAUGGGUCGAGGGGCAGACCACGAACAGCAAAGAAAGAUAAUAAUCGCAGGAGUUUGCCUUCGGUGAGAGAUCUUGGCAGUGCUGAAGAUCGCAGUACUUUUGAAACAAAAGUUACUGUUCAUAGAUCUAUGAGUUAAAUGUUGUGUUAACGAAAAAGGUAUAACGAGAUAUAUUUCACAAAUUAAACAUGAAUAGCGGACGAAAAAAUGGUUGUUUAGAUGAAAAUAAAAUAUUUUUAUGGGAAA